AUGCUCUUUCCGCAACAUGAAACUUUGAAACCCAGAAAGAAACAGGUCGACGUUCUUGUGCCACAAAAUCAAAAUCUUGUUGUUCAUGCGACGUCUAGUACUGCAUCGCAGCAGGAGAACGACCUGGAGCAGACACAGAAGCUGGCAAAAAUUCACCAAGAUCGUCCGGCUGCAGCAGCAGCAGGUGGACAACAACAGCUUUCUGCCUCUACGUCGUCCUCAUCUUCAUCCUCUUCAUCUUCAUCUCAACUACCAACCCUAGCAACAAGCACAACAACUCCGCGACAGACUAGCGGCACACCAGCACCAGACGCGGGCCGUUUAUUGGUGAACCACAACCACCUCCCUGCCCGCCCGCGGAACGGGAAUACCAAAAAUAAGCAGCCCAAUUCUAUCAAUGAAGCUGGAAAUAUGAUGAUCGUCGAGAGGGUGCAUCGAAUGCAAGAACGAAACGUGGAUCUGGAAAAGAUGCACCGCAUGGACUCAAUCCUCAAUUCCCCCAAAAUUGCCGGGGAGAGGGCCAGAAUCAUUGCCGAGUGGACGGCUCUAGCGGCUCGGAUCCCCUAUGGAGCCCGCUCGUUCGCGGAUUUGAAGCCGGUGAACGCCACUCCAUCGACAAAGAACAAGAAGAAGAAGGCGAAUAACACAUCAACUCUCACGACCCCAUCGACAGCGACAACCUCGAGCAGUAGUUCUUCUACUCGGCCUACGCCGCAGAAGGAAACCUUAUUGCCACCCCUGGGCGGUGGCUCCUCACCCUCAGCAGAAGUAGACAACGCACGACCACAGCCGACAGCAGCUGCUUCCACUAGUACAAGAACAGGUGGUAAUAAACGUAAUAAAGCAAGAUCCAAGUCCGUUACCGCCGCUCGUCUGUUUGGACACAAUCCUCCGGGCUACAAGGCGGCGCGAUUGACGAGAACUAAGCACAUUGCCUUUUUUACCCUCGACGUGAGACGGGGAGCCUUUCGGCACCGGCACCAAUCGAUACCGCCGUUCUUCGAGGUCGAGAAGCACACGAAAGAAUUCUUGCCGGAUCAGACGCAGGACGUGAACGAUCUAAAGAACUAUGAUGACAAGAUGUGGACCGAACGAAUUUCUUGCCAUUCUGAGAAUGAUAUAGAUGACUUAAAGCAGGUGGGAGGUGUAGUGGAUCUAAACGCACCGCUUCCGCUGCCCGAAGAUUUUUCAAACAUUCAGAUGAAACGAAACGAAUGAAUUGUAGAAACUUGUCUAAGAAUAAUGAGGUACAAGAAAAUGUUCUCAUACAGAAGCAACGGCGUCUACGACUAAGCUGCUUCUUCGGCAGCAAUUUACUUCGCGCAUCUUCCGCAACUGUUGGACCACUAAUGCUAUGGACACGCGAUGGAAAUCAUAACUAGGCCCGAGCGGUUGGUUGAUUGACUUACCCACAGAAGACUGCCACUUUCAGAUGUGCAGGAUUUGUUCACUUUAAAUUCUUGCAUCAUCCUCGCAUCAGAAAAUUGCUGUGCAAAAAACAAGGAAAAACGUUUUAUUUAUCGCGAAAAGAUAAUAAGAAAAGGCCAUAUUAUUUGUUUCUUCACCGACGACCUACAGCUAAUGUAGAAACACAGCAAUCGCGUUACUCAUUACUACGUAAAGGUAAGAAAUUGUUUCAUCUGAAACCGAUUGUUACAUCAAGCGCACCACCGAUUGCACACGACGCAUAGAACAGGACGACGCCGAAUCCAAAAACGCAAACGAAGCUUCAACUUUACCCCGCAAUCUAUGAAUGAAUGACGAGCUAUGGAUGUUGAAAAGACAAAACAUCAACUUGAUUUCCGCGUGAUUACGAAAAU